CCGGCCUCGGCCCCAGCCCCCGGGGCGCCGCCACCGCGGGAGCGCCGAGGCGAGCGCGCCGGGCGGGGGCUGGCUGGCGAGCGGGACUGGAGCCACGGCGUCCUGAAGUUUGGGAAGGAAGGCAGGAAGAGAAAGCGAAGGAGGCGCGCUCAGUCCGCGGCCCGCCGCCUCCCGGCUCCCCCGCAGGGCAGCUUCCUUAAUUGCGCGCCUGCCCCGGGGACUUCCUGGGCGGAUGCGACCGCCGGGAGGAGACCGCUCCGCGACCCGCCGGAGGGCAGACCCGCCAGGCCCCGGGGGCUGACUGUACGGGCUGGAGGAAGGCAGUCGGCGUCCGCGAGAGCUGCGCGCCAGUUCACCCCAGGAGCUCCGGAGGCAGGACGGACGCGGGCCCCGCUGGGGUGGGCGCGAGGGAACAGGCGGGCCCCGACUUCCCGAGGGCAGUCUCUCACCUUGCCCGAGCCUUCGGCAAACCCGCCCAGUCGCUCCGGCCCGCGCCGCCCCGCUUCCAGGUGUUCCCACGGCGCGCGCCUCCCCGCCCCGGGCCCUCCCCCGCUGCCGGCAGGUUCAAUCCCCAGAGCCGGCCCCACGCCCGCAUCCUCCUCCCACUCCGGCCCUGGCCGCCGCCGCUAAAACCCGAGGUUCCCGGGUAGGGACUGCCUUCUCCUCUUGGGCCCGGGGCGGGCUCUGCGCGCUCCUGCAAAGACCCAAGGUGUUAAGUCUCCAGGGGACCCCUGAGCUGGGGGGACGCGAUCCGGAGCCAGGCGACGUCAUGGAGCCCCAGGGGACGCUAAGUUUGGAGAAGCAGGGACCCGCGCUCUUGGCAGAGCCCCCGCCGGCCGAGGGGCUGCCCGCCCCGGCGGUCCUCUGUGCGGAGAGUGGCGGCGACGGCGGCAGCGGCGGCUCCUCGGAGGCCCCAAGCCGGGACGCUGAGCCCUUGUCCGCGGAGGAAGAGGCUGCCCCCCGGGAGCAGGAGGAGCCGUGGGAGUGCCGCCGCCGCCUCCCGCGUUCCUUCUCGCUGCACGCGGACCCGAUCUUGGAGGCGGCGAAGUUGCUGCAGCAGCGACAGCAGCUUGGCCUGGGGCUGGACCCGCAGGGCGGCGAGGGGGCCGAGGGCGCGCCGCACAGCCCCGGCGGCUGCUGCGCCAAGUGCAAGAAGCGGGUGCAGUUCGCCGACGCGCUGGGGCUGAGCCUGGCCAGCGUGAAGCACUUCAGCGAGGCGGAGGAGCCGCAGGUGCCUCCAGCCGUGCUCUCCCGCCUCCGCAGCUUCCCCAUGCGCGCCCAAGACCUAGAGCAGCUCCCCGGCCUCCUGGCCGCGGCGGUAGCGGCCGCGCCCCUCUCCGCGCAACCUCCCCGGCUUCGGCCUCUUUUUGAGCUUCCCGAGCCGGGCGCCGCCGCCGAGCGCCUGCGGCGGCAGCGCGUGUGCCUGGAGCGCGUGCAGUGCUCCGCGCCCUCGGGCGCAGAGGUGACGGGCUCCGGCCGGGUGCUGGGCUGCCCCGGGCCGAGAACCGUGGCGGUGCGCUACACCUUCACCGAGUGGCGCUCCUUUCUGGACGUGCCGGCCGAGCUACAGCCCGAGCCGGCGGAGCCACAGCCGGCAGAGGCGUCGUCGGGGGAGCCCGGGGACGCCGGGGAGGAGCCGGGAGCCGAGCGCUUCCACUUCUCGCUUUGCCUGCCCCCGGGUCUACAGCCCCAGGAGGGGGAAGACGCGGACGCGCCCGGGGCCGCGGUCCACUUCGCGGUCUGCUACCGCUGCGCCCAGGGCGAGUUCUGGGACAACAACGCGGGGGCCAACUACACGCUGCGCUAUGUGCGCCCUUCCGACGCGCUCUGAGCCCUAGGCCGGGGCCCAGGCAGCGAGGUGACCUGCCGGGACGUCUUCCUAAGCACCGUCCACCGGGGAAUGAGAGGAGGAAGCCGCUCAGCUGUAAACUCGCACCAGGACAGAUCCUUCGAGCAAGCAUCGUGAGCCCGGGCAACGCACCCAACCUCCCCGGCCCGUUUUCUCCUCGCUUAGGCCUCCCUAGGCUGCUUCUAGAAUUCUCACCCUGCGCCAGAACGCGAAGAAAUUCUUGACUGAGCCGUAGCUUCCUUCAAGAAAAAGGUCCUGACCCCUGUGCACAGCUGUAAGACCUUGGGAUUUGUUCUCAACUGUGGACCUCGUGUUUUAGCCUUUGCAGCUUGCUGGAGACGCCUCGGGUCUCAGGGAAAGGACAGCCAUCCUGCCACGUCGUGCCUGCCGAGAGAAGGCGCAGGACCCGGGGCGGUCGCCGGAGCCUUCACCCAGGGCCCUGUUUCUCCAUGAAAACCCAGUGGGGCCUUGGCUGGGCUGUCCUUUUCUCUUAACUGGGAUCUGGGGGAUGUUUGCACAGACUGGACGUUAUUUACUGAGUUCCUGUGUACACAUGUCCUUUAAAAAAUAAAGGCCACUUGCACACCCUU